AUGAAUUUCUCCAGUGAUUCAAUGAAAAAUCGGAAUCAAUUUCGAUUUCUGGACCUCCCGAUUGUCGUGACUCGAAAUGUCGUGAGCACAAAGGACCCAUUGGAUAUUUUCUGGUUGAAUCUACUCGAAGGAAGAAUCAAAGAAAGCGUCGAAUGGGUGAAACUGAGAUUUCCCAAUGUUGAGCGUAUUCAUAUUAAUGGUCCGAACGUUCCACAGAAAGAUGUGCAAUAUGUUUUGGACAAUAUAACGCCGACAAAUAAAUUUCGAAAAACGGCGGAAUCCAAUGAGAAUCUUCUAUGGAGAAUUGAAGGGACUUUCGAGCAAAUACGAAUAGGGAGUGGAUCAUGGAUUACUGUAGAUCAUGCGAUGAACUUCAGUUUCCCAUAUGUGGUGGUUAUGGGAACUACCAUCACAAAUCAAGAAUUGAAUCUGAUUCUGAAGAACUGGAUAGACAUGAAAUGCCAUCUAAAGACGAAACAACUUGAAAUCAAUCUGAUGGAUGGAGAGAACUUUUUGGAUACUGUUCUAGAAAAUAUACCAUAUGAAAUAGGACAACCGAUAGUUCCUUUGUAA